AUGGACGGCUACAAUGGUUACAACAGAGAGCCACCGCUCGCUCGGUCGCCAACCGAAAGAACGAAUUGGGCUGGACGUGAUGAUGGCUUCAGAAAUGGUGUUAAAAAUGAACGCGACGAUGGUUUUAGAGGCGUGAAGAUUGAACGCGACCGCGAAUCAUUUUACCGCGGUAGAUCUCCUGUUGGCGGUGAUAGGCAACGACGAAACACACGCGACCGCUCCAGAUCUCCAGUAGAGCGUUAUGAAACCGGUGGUAGAACAAGAGAUAGAGAUGACUACAGAUCAUCGAGGGACCGCGAGGAUCGAAGACGAAUUGCUUCACCUGCUCCAGCCAAUAUUGAUCGAUAUGUGCCCGGUCAAGAUUCCAGUGCUCCUCCUCCAGUCACUUCCAAUCCACUUGCGGAUCCAGUCAUCUUGCCCUUCCAAGUUGGGUUUUCAUACUAUGGAGAAUGGUGGCGCACGAAUGAGAAGAUCAAGGAAGAAAAGGAGCGCGCUAGAUCUGGAAAGCGUGGUGAAAUCUUCAGACCUCGUGAAGAAGAUCGUGACACCGAGAAGGCUCGCAUCCAAGUUGCGUAUGAUGCAUACAAAGAAGAACUUCAAGCUAGGAUGGCACGUACGUUUGUGCAGGAGCACAAAGGAGAACAGUGGUUUAUGGAGAGAUACGUACCCGAGAUGCGAGAUGCCUUACGUCUACAAGUCAACGAGUUCCGCCGCGGCAAUUAUAGCCAGUGGGAGCAAGAUCUCGAAUCCGGAACUUUCGAUGAAUACUCUUUGGAAGGCAUCCCGAAAAGCGAAAGCAACGGCACUGGUGGUAUUAUCGAAAAGGAAGAGGGAGAGACAACCGCUGCCAAUGAGGUUUUAGGUGUUGGUGAUUUAGUUCCUUCGAGAGGUGGGGAUAUCCGAGACGAGAACGCUUUCCAACCUACACUGCUUAUCAAGACGAUUGCGCCUCAUGUUAGCCGCACGAAUCUCGAAUCUUUCUGCAAGGAGCACUUGGGUGAGGACGAGGGUGGCUUCAAGUGGCUUAGCUUGAGCGAUCCAAACCCAAGCAAACGCUACCAUAGAAUUGGCUGGGUUAUGCUUCAUCCCGCGCCCGAUUCGGCUGCCAUUCUUGAUCGACCUGAAAUAAAGGAUGAUGAAGCAGAUGAUACCUUUGCAGAACCAGCAGCUCCACUCACUACUGCCCAGAAGGCACUCGAGGCAAUCAAUGGAAAGACCGUCAAGGAUGAAGUUAGAGGUGACUUUACUUGCCACGUCGGUGUUCAUGUACCACCAAAUCUUCCGCGCAAGAAGGCACUUUGGGAUCUGUUUUCAGCCCCUGAACGCAUUGAGAAGGAUCUUGACUUGGCCACCCGCCUUGUCAACAAGUUCGAAGAAGACUUUGGUUCCGACUUCAAUGCUGUCCUAAAGAUUGAGGAGAAAGUGGAUGAAUUGAAGAAUCAAGGCCGUCUUCAACCACCAGUCACAGCUCCCACUGCCAAAAAAGCCAAGAAAAGUAAGAAUGCACUUGGUCUUGACGAAGCAAUGGACGAAGGUGAAGAUUUCGAGGAGAUGGAGGAAGGGGAGGAAGAAGAGGAAGGUGCUUUCGAUUUCGAUGAGAUUGAUGAUGAAGAACUUCUUGUCAAGAAGAAGCAGCUUGAUCUUAUGGUUGAAUAUCUACGACGUGUCUUCAACUUUUGCUUCUUCUGUGUUUUCGAGAGUGAUUCGAUUCACGAGCUCACACGAAAAUGCCCUGGAGGUCAUCUCAGACGACCACGUAACACUCUUACCACAUCGGCCAAAGUAGCUGCUCGCGCAAGUGCAUCUGGUGACGUGUUUCCUGGAAAGAAACCUAUCAAGGAUGAAAUGGAGCUGGAUCCCUCCUCUCCGGAGGGUGAGCGCAAAUUCAGUCGCAACAAUAUUUCCAAGGCAGAACAACAACUUCAACGCGCUUUCAAUUGGGUCAGAACGUUUGAGGAGAAGAUCCUGCAAAUCCUCGAUCCGGACAAUGUUGAUGUGCGAAAACUUGGUGGAAAGCCAACUGAUGAUUCUCUGAAAGAUGAGUUGAUCAAAUUUGUGAAGCAAGAAGAUGAUCACAAAUAUAGAUGCAGGGUUCCAGACUGCACCAAAUUAUUCAAAGAGGAACACUUCUGGAAGAAGCACGUUGAAAAAAGACAUCCUGAAUGGCUCGAAAGCAUGAAGACAGACUUUAAUCUUGUCAAUACAUAUGUUCUCGAUCCUGCGCACAUUGCUCCAUCAAGAUCGGAUGCCAAUAGCAAUGGACAUUUCCCUCCAGCUAUUGGUCAUAUGCCAGCAGGUACUCCACGUGGUUUCAAUCUUCAGAACUUUGGAUUGAACGGCCUCCAUCCCAUACAAGGCUUUCCCCCACCUACCGGCUUCCCACCUUUCCUUGCGGGUCAUGCUGUUCAAUCUCCCAUGGGCUGGAACGGUGGCCCUGACAAUCGUGGCCCUGGUCCCAUUAGAAGAGGUGGUCGAUUCCAAACAAACAAUCGAACUGGUCCAUAUGAUCGUCGAACCAAUCAGAAUCGUUGGGACCCGAAUGCAGGUCGACUAAGCCCUCCCGGUAGUGGUGGCCCACGCCGUGGCGGUGCGGCAGCUAGUGGCGGCAGCCGAUGGGGCGACGGAGUAGCUCCGGGCGGUACCACUGUCGGACCCCGUGAAGCAACAGCCGGCAGAAGUAUAAAAUCUUAUGAAGAUCUCGAUGCUGUUGCUGGAUCUGGAUCCGGAGAACUUAAUUACUAA